CUGAACAUUCAGUGGUUUUUAGUUGCUCGUAACAAACGGACGGUGAAUGAUAUUUUUCUAUUAAACAUAAUGAUUCGAUCGGAAUUCGAAUGAAUUAAGUGUAAUUGACCAAAACUAAAAAAAAUCGAUUUUUGAUUUUGCCAAAUUAAAUUAAGUGUUUGAGACAAUUGCAAAGAAAUUGGUAGUUUUGAAUCCCAUUUAUAAAACAGUCGUGUGAUACGAAAAGGUGCUGUGAUUUUAACUAUCCUUGACAUAACAAUCCCGAUUGAGAGAGAGAAAAAAGUUCUUCCGUUUUUAAGUCGUGAAUAUUUAAGAAAUUUUAAGAAAAACAAACGAAUUUAAAAGAAAAUGACUGCCGAAUCACUGAAAUCUUUUAUAUCCUUACCGAGCCAUGGCUCACAGUGCAGUAACAAGCGUUAUGCUAAUGGCAAUAAAAUGCGAUUAACAAUUUUUGCGGUUUUUAUGGUGUUGUUUUGCUGUGCUAUACUCGGCUUGGAGAUAUGGAACACGAUACGAACGACACAACUUGCACAAGAAGUGGAUCAAUUAAGAAAUGCAUUAGACGAAAUGAAACAUCGCAUUGGAUUUGAUGCUAUGGAAGAUUUGGAGGAUUUCGAAAAUUCGUACGAUCACACAGCAGUGAUGCCCGAACCGAACGAAGAGGGCUCGUUCGGAGCAUUCGAUGAAACCGAUGACGAAGAAUUUUACGAGGAUGAUGAUUUAGAGGGAAGCAGCGAUUUCGAUCCGGAUGAUUACGAAAUUGACGAGAAUAAUAUGUACGACGACAAUGCAGGCAAAAGGAAUGUACGAUCAACGUCUAUACAUGGUGUUCCGAUUGUCGAAGAAUCAUAUGCAUUGAAACGUAACAGAACCAAUCCAAGGGUGGACGAUGAAAUUAGUAGGUUACUGUUGGGCAAAAAAAGACCAGCAUUGCGACACGAUUGGAAUGAUGGAAGAACACCUUCUGCACACAAUCUACCAGCAUAUCAUCAUAAUUCAUUCCCCAAGAAAUACCAACAGCAUCGUUCACCCCCAACAGAAUAUGUACAAUCGCCCUAUCGAAACCAUGCUAGUCGAACAUCAAAUGAACAUAAUUCACAUCAAUAUGCCAAUCAGCGUACAAAUCAACAGGAUGAUGUUGCCACUUCAUCCUACGGUGUAGGUGUACGAUCAGGUCGGGCCAUGCCCACAAACGAGGACAAAUCGAAAGCCUUUCGUCGAACUGUGAAAAAAAGUGAAUUCGCUAAAUUGAUGAGAAAAGGACGUACGGUGGAUAGCGCUGAAGUUGAAUCCAUCCAUUCGGGACCGAUUCAUAAACCUAAACGAGUAGGUCGAUCAGCAAAUCAGAAUCGUUUUAAGAGUAUAGCCAUCCAUUAUAGUGGUGACACAAGCAAAUACACCAAUGGAAAUAAUGAAAAUUACGAAGGUAAUGGUCGUUUGCGUCACGCUGGCGGAACAUACACCGACUGGGAAGCAUCACCAUGGGUGAAUAUUUUAUCCAUGGAUCGAUUCUUUAAAUUAGACAGAGGUGUCGUCACAAUUCAAGAGAACGGUCUCUACAACGUCUAUGCGCAGAUUUUCUACCAUGACGCUCACGAUACAAACGGAUUUGUUGUGCAGCAUAAUGCUCAAUCCUUCCUGCAAUGCACCACAAUGACACAUUCACACCAGCCAGUGAUCAAAAGUAAUACUUGUUUCACCAGUGGCGUUGUUUAUUUACGUAACGGUGAUACGAUCCAAUUGAACGAUUUGGGCAAUCAUCGGUACACAUUGUUCGAACCAGCGAAGAGUUUCUUCGGUAUAAUUAAGAUUGGCGAUGCUAGACCGUUGUUUGAGACGUUAGCAUAAAUGGAAGCUGAAUUUUGAAGUAUUUUUGUAAGUUAAGACGAGUAGACAAGAGAUCAUGAAUGAUAUCUGGAAAAGAUUGGUUUACGAAAUGUACAUCGGUUCUGCAAGUGAAAAUUGAUUCACUAACUGUCUGAAGAUCAUCGAAAAGUUAUGCGUGGCGUAAAGCAAUAUUGUGAGUUGGUCUUUGAACUUUAGCAACGAUCGAAAUUUUCCAGAUAUUUUUCAUGAACUUAUGAACUGUGGGAGCCUACUGCAUAGUUAUUAUGAUGAAUGUUUCGUAUGAAGUAAGUAAUUUGAUUACAAAAUUAUUAUUAUUUUUUUAUUUAUUUCAUUUUCGAUUAUUAUAUUUUUGUUAUAUAAAAAUAUGAUUUAAUCCUGACUCUUUCGUCUAAGAUGCCAUCGGUGUCCGAUUGCACACAACACAAUUGACCUAGAACUUGAACUAUUUGCUUCAUUUUAUGUAUGGAGACAAUCACUCACACAGAUAUGGAUGAAGAUCCUAAUCUUUUCGGGAUUAACAGUAUACAAUAGAAUCUUUUUUGGAAUUAAAAUUUAAUUUCCUCAGGAAUUACUUUUAUUUAACUCCAAAUUCGGAACCUAAUUACUAUUACUGAUCGGUAAACCUUAAUAUCAUCAUUGUUUGGUCCCAGUUUUAAUCCCUGAAUGAAUUAUAUUUCUUCAAUUCCUAGCUGGGUUUCAGAAUAUAAUUCCUAAAGAAUUACUUACAGUUGAAGGCAGUGAAAUUUCUGCAUGAAUUUGUCUCAAGUGUUUAUACGUCUUUAUACGGUUUUACCACUACCACACGAGUGUUUGUAUCAGCUUCAACCGUAGAAACAAGGAUAAACGGUUUUGAUUGUAUUUGUGGAUCAGCUGAAACAAAUUCAUGCUGAAAUUUCACUGCCUCCGACUGUACUAUUUGGAAGUAAUUCAAUUGUCUCUUGAAAUUGUCAUCUCAUUUUUAUCUGUGUACUCUAGAUCUACAGGAGAUAGGGACUUGUAAAAGUAGAAAACCUUUUAAAUAUACAUCGAUUAAAUCUCAAUUUUCAAGAACGACUCGUAAGGAUGUUCUUUUUCGGACGAGACCAUACGAGUGCUUUUAUAUUCUUAAAAUUGCAAAUGUCACCUUCAAAUUGCUCUUAUUUUCAAAUAAAAAUAGAAAAUUGUUUUUCCUGCAAUUACACUUCACUUAAAUGUCUCGUAAAUGGUCAAUGCUCUGGGUCAAUUCAAAUGUUUAUUUGUAGAUGAAAAGAUGAUAUAAAUUGCAAUGUGAACAAACAAACAAAAAUUUAUUUUUAAUAAACAAAAACAUUUUUUUUUAUAUUUUUAGUGAAUUAUGUAAUGUGCCAUUAUGUUAUCGUUUAGUUUUUAUUUAAUGCCAAUAAACUUUCGUAAUUUGUACAUAUAAAAAGCUUUGAUUGUAGUAAAAUUCUUAAUAAAUUUUUUUUAUAAACUUU